AUGGCAGGCGCCAGCUUGCAUUGGGCUGAUAAGCCUAACGCCGAUCUCGCCCUGUCAUCAGAUGAAGAGGACUUUAUUUCCAGCCCAAGUACUGCUUCAAGGGAGCUUGAAGGUGUUGCCAAGCAAAAUUUAACCCUGGCUUUGGGGAAGUUGCGCUUGGAGCAAGAGGACUUGAAUCGAUCUUCCGAACAGGACGCGACUCCAACAACUCCCCGCACAGAAGGCCCAAACCAAACACCCUCAGAACUAGAAAUGGCCAACCCUCUACAGUUAUUGGAUUUACCCUUGGACAUUUUGAAGGAGAUCAUCAAAGAGGUGACCCAUACGACUGACUUGACCUCGCUCGCUCUUACAUGCUCGGCUCUUCAUUCCCUAGCUAUCCCGCACAUGUACUCCCGUUUCGACAUCGUCUGGCCCGAGUCGCUAAACCCAUCAACGGAUGACUACUCGGGGGUGGAUGCUCUUUCUUAUGGUCUUUCCACAUUGGUCAUGGGAGAGGAUGUAUUUAAUCGGACGUCGCCGUUUCCAUCUGGCCAAGCCAAAAAAAGCUGCGUGAAUUGUGGUUGCGAUAAUCUCCAUCAUCAAUCGGACCCGGACCCUGGCGACAACGGAGUUCGCUUGCGGUCGCGACGAGGCAAUCAUUAUGCCCAGUAUACCCGCACAUUCUCUAUUGGAAAUGGCCCGCUCAGCUGGGUACAAGAAUACUCGGUGACCAAAGAAGUUGGUAAGAUGCUAGGGACGCUGGUCGCCUUAGCAGUGGCACGAAUGGUAAACCUCGAAGCCUUUGUCUGGGACAUGCCGACUGGAGUGGUCCGUGAAAUUUGGCUGGCGCUUGCGUCGUUGGCAGAUAGACCAGGGCACGAUUGUCGCCUGGAGCGCAUCUGGGUACGCUGGCAUGACAACUCGGAGAAUGCUUUACGCAGUUCGUCCGCAGCGGCAACGAGGCUCUUUCAGAAAUACAAACAUGUGGAACAUCCUUCCUUGUCAGUACUGCCCCCACUCAAGAGUGUGGCUGUUCUUGACAUAGAUGAACCCGCUUAUGUGGAGGAGCUGGCACUUCUCAUUGAGCGGUCACGUCGCCGUCUGUCUGAACUCCGAAUUGGUAUUGCCGAAAAGGCCCACAUGAGUACAUGGCUUCUAUGUGGGAAGGACUCUGAUGGCUCAACGAGUUGGCCUAGAGCUGAUGGUGUACUUGGAAUCUUGGCACGGCGGAAUCUUGACAAAAAGCAGGAAAAUAGUACAAUCGCGUCCCCUGAAGAGAAGUCAGCGCCAUCUGAGGGUUCACCAAACGCCAUCGAAAAUGCAGCCCCAUUGACUCCAAAUGGCGAGCAGCAGCCUCCCAGCACCACCAAGGACAAAAAGUCACCACCAAGCUCUGGUUUGCCCUACCGGAGUGCCCACUCACCGCUACCUUCCUAUAAACCUGAUGGUGACAUGCUGUAUCUCAAAGUACUCGAGCUGGAGCGCGUACCUCUGUCUGUGCCAACACUACUGCCGGCUAUUGACUGGACUGGAUUGACUACUCUUACCAUCAUGCGAUGCGAGGAUCAUGAAAAGCUUUGGAGGGCUCUUCGUCGGAAGUAUGCUCCUCCAGCGAUGCCAGCAAAACGUUCACAAGACCCAGAGCGUCGAGCAAGCGCCAGCUCAGUUGAAUACUCACUAAAUUUGAAACAUAUUCGCACGGACACUGUUUCGCCUUAUCUUAUACUGUUUAUCAAGGAUGCGCUGGCUCCAAAUACCUUGGAGAGUGUUUAUUUGCAUGAAGCCCCAGGUCACGAAUCUGCUGUGCAGAUUGACGCUAUUUACAGGCACAUUCUGCGAAAGCACAGGCAGAGUCUGCGAAAGGUGUUGAUUGACGCCACAGACCGUAUAAUUGGUGCCGGCUAUUCAGGCACACGAUGGCACAAGUGGAUGUUCAACCACGACAUGGUAUCAUUUGUCACGAGUGGAAAGAUGCCGCAGUUGAAAGAGCUAGGAAUGGCGAUGCAUUAUCGUGACUGGCAUUUCUUCCUCCAGAGAUUGCCGAAUAUGCCCCAGCUUCGUGCUUUGUAUCUACCACAAAUUCACCAUACCGUCCACCGCGACUUGAAAGAGCUUGCGCUACAAGUUUUGGACAUCGUCAGCAUACGUCCAGACCUGAAGAUCGCCUACAUUGGUCUCCAAAUCAAAUGCUACCAAAUCCUUGAAGCAAGGCACGACGAUAACCCACUAGAUUUCGACGACAACCCCCCGAUUGAUCAUUCCCCGGCGCAUAGCGAAGAUGAGGAUGAAGGGUGGGCCAACCCCAGCCACGAAUCUGGAGAAGACAGCGAUGGUUCCGACGAUGCCUCGGGGGCAGCUGACACAGACCUCCUUUCCAGUGACCCGGACGACUACGAUACCGAACCCGACGAAGAGCAGGGUACUUCGCGGAUUCGGUACCGGCUACAAGAGAUUUUAUUUUACGACGAAAAGGUAUCCAUUUUCAAGGCGCGCCACGGUGUUUUGUGA